CAACUGAGCCUUGUGAAAGGAAGUUCCGAAGAAGUGCGAUUAAUUUGAGUUUCCUGCCUUUUUGGGAAUUGUUUUGACUGUUCCGCGGGUGGGGGGCAUGUUUCAACGUAGAUAAGAGCGAGGAUUGGAAGUGGGCCACGGGCGCAUUCCGGCGAUGUGACUCACCAGCUGAGCUGCGCACAGAGGCGGCUGUAGCGAAGAGGCCGGCAGCAAAAGACGAAUGCUGCUCCGCCGAAAUGCAAAACCACGGAUUCCCUCUGCUCCUUUGCACUUUGUGCAUAGUCGCUGUCAGGCCAGAGCCGCCCGCGGCGCAAAACGAAACGGACGUGAUCUACGCAGCGGUGGGGGCACCUAUUGUCCUUCAGGCAGAAGUAUCUGCCGACUCCAGAAGCGGCACAUGGAAGUUCAGUUGCAGGGACGUAGCUGUAUGGAUCGGCAACAUGACAGACAUCAACAACGAUUACUCGGACAGAGUGGAGUUGCUGAGUAACGGGUCUCUGACUUUCAAAUCUCUGACAGUGAACGACAGUGGAGAAUAUGUUGUUACCACGAACCCGACGUUCUCCAACUCAUCAGUCACUACCCGCAUGGAACUGGAAGUUCUGGUUCCAGUUUCGAAGCCUAUAGUUGUAACGAACGUUUCUGAGGUCUUGGAGGGCCAUGGGAUUCUCACAAUGUUUUGCGAAGUCACUGGUGAUUCACCCACGAUUCGUUGGUUGAAAGAUGGAGAAUUGCUGCAAUACCACGACAGAAUGAACAUUUCGGCGGAUAAUCUGACAAUAACAAUUGCAUCAGUCAAUAGGUCCGAUUCUGGAGGUUAUCAGUGUGAGGGACACAACCCUGUUAGUACGCAAAUAAGUGAUUUAAGAAAUCUGACAGUUUUCUAUGGACCAGAGAAUAUGAAUUUGUCUGUAAAUCCAAUGGAUGAAGAUAUUACACUGGGAACAAAUGUCACCCUCGAGUGUUCUGCGCAGUCCAUUCCGCGUCCCGAGUUCAAGUGGUUCUUUAAUGGUGAAACGUUGGAUCACAGGGGGCCAAAGCUGGAUCUGGUGGAGGUUCGCCGUAAUAACAGUGGCAAUUAUACAUGCCAUGCCUACAACAAUAUGACGGGACAUUACAUGAACUUAACAAGGACGCUGAACCUGAUAGAGCCAAUCUCGAAGCCAUUCAUUAUCACGGAUGUUUUAUACCCUGUCGAGCAUAAUGACACGGUGACGUUGACUUGCAAAGUUACCGGGGACGUGAAACGCAUUGAGUGGAUUCUGCCCGACGGCAUUGCCUUGAUAAAUAUAUCACUUGACAACGUGAAUUUGACUAUACAGUCAAUCGAUAGAUCAUAUUCCGGUGCAUACUCCUGCCAGGCAUGGGGUGUUGUUAACAAUGAAACAAGCGAACCUUUUCCAGUAAAUGUGUCUUAUGGACCGGAUUCAAUUAAGAUUACGCCUGAAGACAGCAAAGAAACAUACAGUGUCGAAUCAAAUCUCACGCUCAACUGUAUUGCGGAAUCAGUUCCACCCGCAGAAUUUGAAUGGCAGCUAAAUGGAAAAAGACUUGAAAAGAAAACCCAGGAACUUGUUAUUAUCAAUAUGACCAAAGAUGACUUCGGAAAUUACACCUGUCGUGCUUAUAAUAACAUCACUAAAAUAUACGUCACGACAACAAAACUAAUAGUUGCAAACGGCAUUUCCGUACCCCAAAUCACAUCUAGUUCCGAGGAACCAAUUGAGUACAACUCAAACGUGACCCUCACCUGUGACGUGUCUGGUCAACCAGUUUCCAUUCGAUGGAGCAAGAACGAGCACGCUGUCCCAGAAACCGAGAACGCAAGGCUUUCAGAGAGAAACAGAACCUUAACGAUAAGAGAAUUGAAGAGAAAAGACGCGGGGAACUACUCCUGUGAGGCGAAGGGUCUGCACGAUUGGAAACAGAGCAAACUGUUCCAGCUGGUAGUUUAUUACGGACCAGAUGAUCUCCAGCUAUUAGUUAGUCCCGAUUCAGCAUCUGAGAGUGGCUCAAACGUGACACUAACGUGCAAUGCAUCGUCCUUUCCAUCUUCGGCAUUUCAGUGGCUACUCAACGGAAACUCGCUAAAACACUACGAAGAGCAAAUGGUGAUCCUCAACCUUCACCAAAAUAAAACAGGAAAUUAUACUUGCGAGGCUUUUAACAGCAAAACCGGACUCAGGAAAUGGACAUCGGUACUAGUUUCCUUGAGAGAUGAUCUGCAGGAUUACGGAAAUAAGUCCUGGAUCGCUGCUGCUGUUAUUGGUGUUCUGGUCAUCAUUGCUCUCAGUGCCUGCGCAUGCUUCAGAAACAGAAACUAAACAGAUGGAGAGGGUGUGGACAGAAGAUUAUUGCACACCAAAUCUAUCUAUUAAACACCACAAGAAAUGAAAAGAGAAAUAUGCUGGAAAUUGUUACCCUGGUUGUCUGUCUCCUGCUGAAAUCGUACAGUCAAAAGUCGCUUUCGAUUUGAGAAAUUUGUGUUGAUACCAUGUGAUGGGGCUGGUACAAAAUGGAUUCUGGCUUGCCUUUAUUAACCUGAUUAUGCAACAAUUGCAUCGUAGGGUUAUUUGAAAAAGGGCAGGUCUGCUGUAAUGACAGGCUCUUUAAUAUUUUUAUUAAAGUUGUAUCUUUCUUUGUACCAACUGAAUACAUUGAAGUUCUCUCUUCCUGCUGCCUCAAAGCAAACAUGCUGGGACACUAUUGGAUUUAGAAGGUUUACGGGUAUCCUCUUUUUGGCAGCCCAGGCCUUGCUCCUAAUUCUUUUGGAUAACACGGACUUACUUGCUUAGACUUAAACAUAAUGUGCUGCUUUCUGAUAUUAAAGUGCUUUAUUUGUAAAUAAUGCAGUCUAUGAUUUCAAAUCAAUAUAGAAGCAAAAGCCUGGUUAUAUUCCACAAGUUUACUUGCCCCUCCUUGUGGUGUCCGAGGAAUCAUUAGAUAAAACAUACCAUUGUUAUUGUAAUGCUUAUGCUAUUUUUUUUCAUCCUGUUCUGCAAAUGACAACAAUGUAGUGGUGAGGAUUGAGACUAAAGAUUCAGAUUUAUUUGUUAGUUGUAUUGAAACAUACAGUUAAAUGCUUUGUUUGAGUUAAUAACUAACACACCCAAUAAUGUGUUGGGAGCAGCCAGCAAAUAUCGCCACACACUCCAGCACCAACAAAAAAUGCCCACAACGCUUGCCAAAACACAGAACAUAGCAAGCGAUGAAACAAAAACAUCAGAAGAUGUUCCUACUUUGCUCGCAGACUUCUCAAGUAACCCCCUCUUUCAAGUGGCGCUGGCAUGUUCUCAAUCUAUUAGCUCCACCAUUCUCAAGUCCGCAUUAUUGUCAUUUAACUAUAUGCGUGUAUAUAACGCACAUAGAAGUGGGACAAUGUUUCUCUGAACCAUGGUGUAUUUCACCAAUCUGUUGGUUAUAUCUUUACGGUCGCGUUCAAUUUAAUUUUGCACUAAUCCAUAUUGCACUGCUGUAUUCUACAUGUCUAUUGUUUUGCACUUUCCUAUAUAUUUGCUAUAUUUAUGUAUCAUGAAUGCCGGUGACUCUGUGUGUUUCAGAAACACAAGGAAUUUCAUUCCACCAUGUUGCAAAUGAUAAUAAACCAAUCUGAGUCUAA